UUCAUCUGUGGUUAACAUCGCUAACCUCAAAUGUUUAAAUAGUGUUUCUUGGCGCCAAAUAAUAUAUUAAUAUCUAGUUUGUAGUCUCUUCUACUUAAUUUUGGCAUUAAUUAGAAUUAGAACAAAUGGAUUUGGAAGGAUCUCGUAGAAAAAGAAAUCAAAAAGUGUUGGUAGAUAACCGUUUACACGAAAUAUAUCAACAUGAUUUACAAAUGUUCAUUAAUCCUCCUGAUUUUGAAAUUACAUUGGAGGAGUUUGAAGAACUAGCUUUGCAACGUCUUCAAGUAUUGAGAAUAAUUGAACAAGCAUCUCAGAAGGGAUACAAGUUACUCACUGAUGAUUGGAUAAAUUGUGUAGCAGCAGAUCUAAGAAAAGAAAACUUGAAUAAUUACCAUCGUCUGAUCAUGUAUUGUGGCAGUGCUCAGUCGGAAGCUAGUUUCGCUGCACGCAGAGAAGACCACAUUUCCCAUUAUAUUUUACGUCUGGCCUAUUGUCGUUCAGAAGAAUUAAGAAAAUGGUUUUUAGCACGUGAGUUGGAUUUGUUUAAAUUCAAAUUUAAAAUGAUGACAAAGAGAGAAGAGUUGGAGAAGUUUCUUAGCAUAAACAAACUUGAUUAUUCGCCAAUAUCUCAACAAGAAAAAGCAAACUUAAGAGACAGUUUGCUUUGUUCAACUACAAAUGUAUACAAUUUUGAAGGGACUGAUUUUUAUAAAGUACGGUUUACUGAAGUUCCAUUUCUGAUCAAGAACAGAAAAGUAUUUUUAAAAGGUGGUUUUGCUUUUAUACCCAAGAAAGAGUUAAUGAAUUGUGUUGCUAAUAUUUUUAGAACAAUGCUUAGUCAUGCUCUAGCAUAUGCAAAUAGCAAAAUUCCCACUUUAGAUGAUGAACGUGUAAGUCAAUUGCUAUCAAGUUUACACACUACAUACACAGGCAAAGAUUACUUGCCUGGUCAAGACACCAAUUCAAUUGACCCAUCAUUUAUGGACACAUAUGCUAAAAACCAUUUUCCUUUGUGUAUGCGAAAUAUUCAUGAAAAUUUCCGUGCUACACAUAAACUAAAGCAUGGUUGCCGAUUACAGUAUGGGUUCUUCUGUAAAGCCAUUGGCUUAUCCUAUGAGGAUUGUGUGAAGUUUUGGAAAGAUGAGUUUACAAAAAUAAUGGAUAGUAAUCAAUUUGAAAAACAGUAUAGCUAUGCAAUAAAGCAUAAUUAUGGAAAAAUAGGCCGCAUGGUCAAUUAUUCUCCUUAUAGUUGUAUGAAAAUAAUUACAGACACAGUUGGGGCUGGAGAGCAUCAUGGUUGUCCUUUUAAAUUAUGGGAUAACGGGUACUUGAAGCAGAAAUUAAGUGAAUAUGGACUUAGUAGCCAAGGGGCUCAAGAGGUAGCUAACUAUGCAAUGGAGAGUCACUAUCAGGUAGCUUGUAGUAAAUAUUUUGAAUAUAUGCAUGAAAGACCCAGUAACAUAAUUAAUCAUCCCAAUCAAUACUUUGAAGAGAGUUUCAACAAGAAAAAUAAUAAAAACCAAACACCUACAAGGUAG